AUGGACUCUUUUACCCUCUUCCCCCAACUCCCCCCCGAGAUCCGUCUCAGGAUAUGGGACCUGACCCUCCCCUCGUCGCGCCUGAUCCCUAUCCGCUGCGGCUACGAUCCAUCCCCGUCCAGCACGUCCGUCGGUCCGGGCUGCUUCUCCCCGGCCUCUAUCCCGCCCAGCCUCCAGGCCUGCAUAGAGUCGCGCCAGCACGCCCUGUCCACUCGAUACACCCACUCCCUCUCCAUGGCCCGGUCCCCCGCCCGCGUCCUGCUCGAUCACGAGUCCGAUGUCCUGUACUUCCCCCCGAAGGAGGGCUACAUGGCCGCCUCUGCCGAGUUCCACACCUUCUUGUCCCUGUGCAAUCAGACCGACCUGGCUCGUCUGCGUCGCAUCGCCCUCCACGAGAGUGGACUGGCUGUCGGGUUGACAGUCGAGUGUCUCGCCCGUAUUAGGGAUCGCAUGCCCGCCAUUGAGCAGAUCAUCUUUGUAUGCGCUUCGCAUGAAGAUGGCGGGGAUGACGAUGCGCCAGCUCGUCUUAGGGCUCAGAUUCAUACCGCUAUGUCUGAUCUGGCUGCUUCGUCGGGGGGAAAGUGGACGCCCCCUAUAUGGACUAUUGUUGCUGAGCCUUGA